AUGGGGACGGAUAAUCAUGGUGCGUCAAGGAAGGAAGAUGGAACUCAUAGCUCGUUUAGGAAACCGGGUGAAGAUGGCGUUAUGGAAGGUUCCUAUGCAGCUAUAUUAAAGAGACGAACCCAUGUUUUAUCAAAGAUUGAUGCCGAGACACUUUCUCAUCCUCCAAUUUUUUGUACGACAAAUAAUGAUGUUUUGAUCAAGAUCCCACGAGACACCCAUACAAGGAUUAAGGCUGUGUGGAGAUUUAGUUUGGGAUACUUUGUUAUUAAGCUAGACAAUGAAGAUGAUCGUAAGCGUGUCAGCUAUGAUGGUCCGUGGAAGGUAAAAUUUCCAAACGGAAUUCAACAGCUUAAAAUUCAUCCAUGGACACCUAUGUUUGAUCCUGGGAAAGAUAAUAUUACUAGAGCUGCUAUUUGGGUUCGUUUCACAGCUUUGCCAAUGGAGUUUUGGGAUGAAGAGACGAUUUUUAGGCUGGCAAGAGGGCUUGGUAGACCGGUUUCGGUUGAUCCGCGUACUUUGCGCCAUGAAUACGGUUACUUUGCGGCAGCUUUGGUUGAUAUAGAUUUCUCUCAACCUUUGAGACGAAUUUUGAUUGAUGGUGAAGAGAAUGAUGAAAUUUUUGUUCAAGAAUAUGAAAUUUUAAACAGGCCAAGCUUUUGCGAUUAUUGUAAAUCUAUAGGCCAUAAAAAAAUCUGA